AAUGGUGUAAUAUAUUAUCAAUAGUUGAUACAGUAAUGAGAUCCCAUGUAUAACACGUUACUGUAAUUAAUCAAAUUUUUUACGACAAUCGAUCAAUAAUUUUGCACCUCUGAAACAAAGUUGCCUAGCAACUAAUAAUCUUAACAUCAACAAACAUUUUGCGUUUAGUGAGAGUAAAAAUUAACACUAUUAACCAUUGGUUAUAUUGAUAUACACAGAAUUUUUGCGUGGUAAUUAAAAUACGGCGAAGAAAAAUCCUGACAAAUGGCUGAUGAACUCGAAAAAGCCUUUUUAUAUUACGAUGAUAUCAACAAAAUCAGAGUUGUUGACAAUACUGUACUGAAAGAAACGGAAGAUUUGAAAAAUAAUUGCAAAGAGUAUGAAACAAAAGUAGAAGAUUUCAGUAAACUUAUAACUUCAAUUCUUGCAACUAUGAGUGAACUAGGAGAAAACGUAGAAAAACAGAAAAUGGCUGCAAUUGGUGCUAUAAACUUGCUUAAAUCUGAUACCAAAGAAAGGGAAAAUGAGCAAGCGAAAUUGCAAGCAGAAAUUACCUACAAAACCUCAGAAUUGGAGCAACUUGACAACGAAUAUGACGCACUGCAAAUUCUAGAAGCAACGCAAAACGAGACAAUUGAAUAUCUCACUCAAUUGAGAUAAUUCAUGGUCGAUUAAAUAAUCUUUAAGAAAAAAUAAUAUAUAAAAAAGUGGUUUUAUUUAAACUUAUAUACAUGGUAUUUUGAAAUAGAAAUUAAGGGUAAAUAUUAAGGAAUUUCAUUUAUGUAGAAGUUUCUAGAGAAACAAGAGAAACUUGGCAAAAAACAAUAUCUAAAAAAUACCAAUUUAGCCUAGGUUGUGAAGUAGUCAAUAACAAUGAAGUAGACUAAC